AUGGGCGGAGGUUGUAUUUCAGUUUCACAGUAUUGCGACGGAAAGUUAGACUGUGACGAUGGCAGUGAUGAGAAUUUUUGCAUCGAACACAAGCCGUUCCAAGAGUUUUGUAACGAGACCCACCAGUACAUGUGCCAGGACUCCACGAAGUGUGUUCCUUUAUCCUGGCUGUGCAACGGUGAGACGGACUGUGAUGAUGGCAGCGAUGAGUUCAACUGCACCGCGAUGCCGGCUGUAAAUGGCAACUCGACAUGCAAAGGAUUCCAAUGUGGAGAUGGCAAGUGCAUCUCGUUCCUGUGGGUUUGCGACGGUGUUUACGAUUGUCCAGAUAAAAGCGAUGAGUAUGCUGAGGAGCUGUGCAGACACGUAUCCCGUCCCCACGCAAUUCUCGACGGCUCAUAUUGUCAGGAACUGCAUACAAUGGACGACCGGAACUACAAAUGUCUGGACGCAUCCUUUUGCCUGCCAAGCAGUAUGAUGUGUGAUGGACUCCAAGACUGCCGCGAUGGCAGCGAUGAAGGACCUUUCUGCAAAAACUGUCCCGAAGCGAUGCUCUUCUUCAAUACCCGGAAUGAUAUCAGAUACUUGAAGAUCAAGACCAAAGAAAUGGUCACAGUGGCUACUGAUAUCAAAGAGGGUCACGGUGUAUCUUUCGAUGGGACUUACAUCUACUGGGUUGAGACAGCACAAGGUCAUCAAUCUAUUUUCAAAGCGCAACUCGGAGACGUCAAAGAUACAAAGGAGGUGCUCGUAGGUCUAGGUCUGGAGGACCCUGGAGACAUAGCAGUGGACUAUCUGGGCGGGAACAUAUACUUCAGUGAUGCAGAAAGAGGGACCAUCUCAGCUUGCAGGGUCGACGGUUCCAUCUGCACCACAAUCAAGACCGAUACCAAAAACCCACGAUUUGUCACACUUGAUCCGAAGAAUGGUAAGAUGUACUGGGCGGACUGGCACGAGCGACCGGUGAUAAUGACGGCGCGGAUGGACGGCAGCCGUCACGAUGUGUUGGUGGACAGCUUGGAGAACUUCGCCACCGGCCUGGCCGUGGACGCGCCCAACGGCAGGCUGUACUUCGUCGAUAAAACUGUCAAAGUCGUCAUGAUUACUGCUAAACACGUUUAUCCCUUAUUUGAAGAGCCCUUCCACCAUCCGUAUUCCAUCGCUGUGUUCGAGAACACAGUGUUCUGGAGUGACUGGACCUCCAACAGCAUACAGACGACUGACAAAUUGCACGGAACUGCGCAGAAGAGGAAUGUUCUGCUCAAACUUGAUACACCAGUCUUAGAUUCAUUAUUCAUAUACGACGGUCAGAGGAGGACCAUCAAUUACAUAAACAUGAGUGACUUCACUCUCGGCGUCACACACGUGUUGAUCUACAACGGCCUGGAAAACGUCGUCGACAUGGAUUACGAUUACGUGACGGAUAAUCUGUACGUGUUGGACGCGAGUCGUCGUGUCGUGGAAGCUGUGUCUUUGAGGACGCAAAAGCGCGCCAUAGUGCAUCGAUUCGAAAUUCAAGAAAUGCCUAUUAGCUUCUGCUUGCUUUCGGACUACGGGAGAAUGUUAGUGGCGGUAGUGGAGAGUGAGAUGCACAACACCAUACACGUGGAUAGCAUCGGACUCGACGGAAGCCAACGGAGACACGUCAUCAUGAACAAUUUGAAAGGUCCCCACGUUCGCCUGCGAUACGUGCCGGAAAGGGAACAGGUGUUCAUAUCUGACGAGAGCAACGGCAUCAUCGAUUACAUUCAUCCCGAAGGUACCGGGCGAGAGAAUUAUCGGGAGCUCACCUCGACUGUAACCAGCCUUGCCAUAGCAGACAACUACGUCUUCUGGACAGACCGAAAGACCCCCAGGCUCUUCUGGUCUGACAUACACGAGGCUUCACCGAAGAUAAGGAGGAUUGAUCUAGCACUUUUCCCGAAUACAACACAGCUCCUAAUCCAAGCAACGAACUCGUUGCCUGAUCCAAAAGAUCCCCUUCUGAACCACCCCUGUCUGAAGAAUCCAUGUUCUGACGUCUGCGUCCAACUUCCCCAUGACACCCCACAGGAUCAUCCGAAAAUAGCAAAUUUUGAAAUGGGAUAUAAAUGUUUAUGUCCCCCUGGGUUACUGGUAGAUGGUAACCAGUGCAUCAAACCUGUGACAUGUGGUUCGGAUGAGAUACUCUGCCAUAAGAGCAAUGUUUGUGUGAAGCAAGAUGCCCGGUGUGAUGGAAAGGCGGACUGUCCGAAGAAAGAAGAUGAGGAAGGUUGUAUAGUGGAUCCCGCAAACAUAUGUUCAACAGACGAGAUAUUCUGUAACGGUUUAUGCAUAAACAAGGACAAAGCCACGAUGUGUUCUUCGGCUGAGAAACCUAACAGGGGUGUACCUACAUCUGCAAACGAGCUGACGCAUUAUCUGACGGUAAGCAAGCAGGCGCCAACCAUGGUCAUCCGCAACACCAGAGGACCCGAAAAACUACCUUCAUCGGCAUGCAGCAGCACAGAAUUCCAGUGCACGGACUCCUCAAUCUGCAUCUCCCGGUCGCAGCUAUGUGACCAGCACGUUGACUGUCCUAAUGGGUCGGAUGAACAACUCUCAGAGUGUGACACCUACUCUUGUCAUGAAACUGAGUUCAUGUGUGCGUCCGGCUCGUGUAUAGUAAAAACGUGGACGUGCGAUGGAGACCGCGACUGUAACGAUGGGUCUGAUGAAAUUAACUGCGGCUUUUAUCAGUGCAGGAAUAGGGAGUGUGUAGAGCUAUCUAAGAGGUGUGAUGGACACCGGGACUGUACAGAUUACUCCGACGAAGAGGACUGUGAUGAACCUCAAAUUAUUGAGACGGUAGAAGCUCCGAAAUGUGCUGCUUGGGAGUAUACUUGUGAAAAGAACACUAGUAUUUGCUUGCCACAAACGGCUCGAUGCAAUAUGAAGACGGAUUGUCCGGGUGGCACAGAUGAACAUGGCUGCGACUUACGCUGUGCCCCGAAAGGGAUGUUUGCGUGUGGCCAACAAGUAACCUGUAUCACUAUGAACAAGGUCUGCAAUGGCCACCUGGACUGCGGUGAUGGCUCCGACGAGACACCUGACGCUUGUUCUCGGGUGAACAGGACCUCGCACUUAUUCCCUGUAGCUCGUACACUCAGUGAGUGUACCGAAGGCUAUAAAUGCAACAACGGGCAGUGUAUCGAAUGGUCACAGGUGUGUGACAAAAAGAGGGACUGCAUAGAUGGAACAGAUGAAAACGGAGUCUGUGAAACUGCAUGCGCAAACAACACGUGUACGUUCACGUGUCAGCCCACACCAUUCGGGCGUCGCUGUCUCUGCCCCUUCGGCUUCCAGCCGUCCAAGGAUCAGUUCUCAUGCGAGGACAUCGAUGAGUGCACUGAAGAUGUCUGCUCCCAAGGAUGUAUCAACGUUCCGGGAUCAUUCCUGUGCUGGUGCCAUCAUGGUUAUGCCAUCAGGAGGUCAGACCGUCGUUCCUGCAAGGCGAUACGAGGCAACAUGUCCAUCUUAUACGUGUCGGGUAACUCCGUACGCUCAAUCUCAGCGGACGGGUAUGGGGCUAUCGAGUACACCGAUACGGAAAUCUCGACCAUCACUGAUAUGGAUUAUAAUGUUCGACAGAAGAAGCUGUACGUGGCGUCCGAAGAGGGUGGCAAGUUGUUAGAAGUGAACGAAACGCAGAAUGUCAUCGCAGUUACAAACGUUGGGAAACCGUCGCGGGUGGCAGUGGACUGGGUGACGGGCAACGUGUACUUCGUCGACACGACGCCGUUGGACAAGCGCAUUCGAGUUUGCCAUGUCAAGAGGAAACGCUGCGCUUCCCUGAUAAAACUACCGUCUGAUGCCACGGUGACAGCGUUUAUAGUAGAGCCUAGUUCCAGCCGCAUGUUCUAUUGCAUCACUCGGAAGCUAGAGUCAGUGAUCUGGACAGCUAACCUGGCCGGCAGACACGUAACCGAUCUGGCUACAGUGCGGAAUUGCACUGGUCUGGCAGCAGACUCAUUCAAGCAGAAGCUGUACGUCGCAGAGACAGGACCAGCGCAUAUUAUCAGGAUGGACUAUGAAGGGGAGAAUUUUAACAAGAUUCUCUCCGAUCAUCCACGUCUGCAAGCACCGCACGGCCUAGAAAUUUUCGAAGACUACAUUUACUAUCUGGAAGCGAACUCAUUCCGUCUGAGCCGCUGCCAACUCUAUGGCUCCAAGCAUUGUGAGACCUACGUAUACCGUGUGUUUGACGCCAACACAUUUGUCAUACGCCAUGAGAGCAUCCAACGGGAUGACUUGCUCAAUGACUGUGAUGAUGUAGUUUGUGACAACAUUUGCGCGAUGGACGAAGAUGGGCCCAAAUGUCUGUGCAAUGAUGGCGCCUUGGCGAAGGGAGGGAAGUGUCCUGAGGUGGAUAAGAAAUUGGUGCCAUUAUUCAACGGCUGGUCGUACGAAGAGCUGGCAUCAGCCCACAGCGUUUCUUUCACCAUCAUAAUCGGAGUCCUGAUCCUGAUUGCCAUCUACCUCGGCGUCUUUGUGUACUACCACUUCGUGUACUUACCCAGGAAGAGAAUGUUAGCGACCCCUUAUACUGAAGUACGGUUCCAGAACACGCAUAAUUCGCCUUAUCCGGAAUCAGAUCCCACAGUGGAAUUGCACCCCUCAAGUUCGGUUUCACACGAGUUCAUAAACCCUCUUCAGUACGUAAGAAACAUGUGGUAUGGGCCCUUUAAGAAAGAUAGACGACCAAAUAACAUCUCUGGUCUACCGGUCACCACGGCCGCGUCCCCGCCGCAACCAGAUUUCUCCGAUACAGAAUCAGACUUAGAUGAUAAGGAGACCCUUCACGCGCGGACGGCGGGUGGACCUCUCGAUGACAACUCGAUGCUCGAACGCUUGCCUUGCGUUGCUAACGCGCAAUUGGACGCGCGCGUUCCGAUUGGACCGCUCGCUGCCUUAGUGCCGAUUAUUAACAGACUACCUAUGUACUCGAAAAUUCGUGAACCAAGUGACGUCCACUCGUUGACCCUCGGCGUUCUCGUUGACCGCAGGAUGAAUGGUGAUAACGCAACGUCCACCCGUGGACUUCCUGUCGACAACGAGUGA